UCUUCUACUAUAUAACCCAUUGACACCUCACAUCUGGACACCUCGCAUCUGGAUACUGCCAUGAUCUUCUUCACACGAACAGCCAUCCAAGUAACCCGAAGACUCUCCCGACUUCAUCCCAAAGCCACCAUCCCAACAAACCAACCUUCCUUCCCCCGAACCUUCACCACCACAACCUCCAAGAUGUCUGCCCUCAGCGCCAACUCCAUCCUUGAGGCCGCCAAGAACCGCCGCAGCUACUACCCGCUGUCCAAGGACAUCCCCCUCUCUCGAGAGCGCGUCGACGAGAUCGUUAAGGAGGCCCUCCGCCAUGUGCCCUCCUCCUUCAACUCUCAGUCCAACCGCGUCGUCGUUCUGCACGGCGCCGAGCACGAGAAAUUCUGGGACAUUACCGCCAACAUCCUCAAGGCUAUCGUCCCAGCCGAGCAGUGGGAGUCCACUAGCGGCAAGAUGAACAUGUUCAAGGGUGCCGCCGGCUCCGUUCUCUUCUUCGAGGACCAGGACGUGGUCAACGCCUUCCAGGAGAAGUUCGCCGCCUACGCCGACCGCUUCCCCGUCUGGGCCAACCAGUCCGACGCCAUGCUUCAGUACACCCUCUGGACCGCCCUCGAGGCCGAGGGUCUCGGUGCCAACCUCCAGCACUAUAACCCUCUCGUCGACCAGCAGGUCGCCGCCGAGUGGAAGGUUCCCGCUAGCUGGAAGCUCAACGCCCAGCUCGUCUUUGGCGGCAAGACCGGCGAAGCCGGCCCCAAGGAGUUCAAGCCCAUUGAGGAGAUCUUCAAGACCUUCAGCUCCUAGAUAUGCUGAAUGCGACCGCUU